AGGCUAAAUUAUCAGAGGACAAGGAGAUAAGAGAAUUGAUGUCCUCUCAUCUACCUUCUACCAAUAAUGAUGUUAGCCAGCUUCCAGCUAAAGAUUCUAAUCCUGAAGUAAAACUUUCUUAUUCAGAGCCUGUUGCAGAGCAACACUAUUACCAUGACAAACUACCAGAAGACAAAGCAAUUGAUGAAUUCCUAGAUUCAGAGUGUAGAGAAAUA